CCCAAUUAACACUCGCUUAUUCAAGUUAUCACUUUCCUGAAUUGAGUGUAACAGGAUCAUUUUUUUGUUAUCUUAUAUAAAGGUCCACAAGGAAGGUAUUGUACUGAGAUGACUGAGACAAGGGUUAAUACUCUCAUGGUCACGAGUUCCGGCAAUUAUGGCAUGUUGCACAACAACAAAAUUCAUUUGAAUUGCCAAUUCCUUGGUCUCGGGCAUUCCAUCAAGGAACAUGGUAGGUUUGGGUUAGUGUGCUCUUCAUCACUUAGUGGUGGUGGUAAUAAGAUGAAACUUAGAGUGAAGAAGAAGGGGAAGCAAAGUUCUUCACCAACCAUGAUGGUAGCUCUCAAUGAGGGUCAUGAGGCCAUCUCUGAGGAGUCCACUACCGUGAAGCUCUUGGCUCUGGUGGCUGUGAGGAAUAGUAAAGAUAAUAACAAGGUGUUUGCAAAUGAGAUAGUGAAUAACCUUCUAACCAUUUUCUGGCCUCAAAACCAGACCAAAGGUGUUGUUCUUCAACUUGUUAGCACACAGCUUGAUCCCAGGAGAAUGGAAGCAAAGUUGAGCAAGAAAACCGUUUUGGAGUUAUCCGAAGACCAUAAAGUUGAUGAGAAGGGAAGAAUCAGCACCUAUAAAGUUGAAUUCAUUGUGGACUCUGAUUUUGGGAUCCCUGGUGCUGUUACCGUGGUUAACGGCUUUGACAAUGAGUUCUUCUUGGAAAGCAUAACCAUGGCACAAAAUGUUCAUUUUGCUUGCAAAUCUUGGGUUCAACCAAACAAGCUUGACCCAGAGAAGAGAAUUUUCUUCGUUAACAAGGUGUAUCUACCCUGUGAAACACCAAUUGGGGUGAAAGAACUAAGAGAAAAGGAACUGAAACAGCUAAGGGGUGAUGGAUGGGGACUUAGGGUAUCUUCUGAUAGAAUCUAUGACUAUGAUGUAUACAAUGAUUUGGGUGAUUCAGACAAAGGAGAUAGGUUUGCAAGGCCAACACUGGGUGGUCAACACAACCCUUACCCCACACGUUGCCGCACUGGACGACCACCAUCUACCGUUGAUACGAAAAUGGAGUCACGACCGAGUGAUGAAUCAGAGUUAAUAUACGUUCCUAGAGAUGAAGAACUGGGGGACAUAAAGCAAGAAGUCAUUGAUCAAGGAAAAUUGAUGGCAAUGCUUAAGAAUAUUAUGCCUGCGUUAGUAGAUAAAAUCAUGGGCAAUGAAGGAGUUUUCAACAUUGAUUACUUUAUUAAAGAAUCAGGGCAAUCUAUUAUGUUCAACUUGGGAGGUGCCGUACAGGAAUUUUUUAAAUUCGAUCCUCCAAAAACAUUUUCAAGGGAAAAAUCACAUUUCUUACUGGAUGAUGAAUUUGGGCGUCAAGUGCUUGCUGCGUUCCCUCUAGGUAUUGAAAGGCUAAAGGUUUUCCCUCCCGCGAGCAAAUUGGAUCCCUCUAAAUAUGGUUCAGUAGAAUCAGCUUUGAAAGAAGAACACAUUAUAGGCCAUAUUGAAGGGAUGUCAAUUCAACAGGCAUUGGAAGAGAAUAAGUUGUUCAUGCUGGACUAUCACGAUGCUUACCUUCCAUUCCUUGAUCGCAUUAAUGCUCUUGAAGAGAGAAAAGCUUAUGCAACGACCACAAUUUUGUUCCUCACCAAAAUGGGAACUCUUAAGCCUAUUGCUAUCCAGCUUGCUCUUCCAACUGGGAAUCCAAAUACUUCAUCCAAGCAAGUUCUCACUCCUCCCAAAGAUGCCACCUCUAAAUGGCUCUGGCAACUUGGCAAAGCACAUGUUUGCUCCAAUGAUGCUGGUGUUCAUACACUUGUGCACCACUGGUUACGUAUACAUGCUUGCAUGGAACCGUUGAUAAUUGCAACUCAUCGGCAAUUGAGUGUGAUGCAUCCUAUAUUCAAGCUUCUGCAUCCGCAUAUGCGAUACACACUCAAGACAAAUGCAAUAGCACGUCAGACACUCAUCAAUGCUGAAGGUACCAUUGAGACAGACCACACUCCAGGGAGAUACUGUAUGCAAUUUAGCUCAGCUGCCUAUAAAGAUUGGUGGCGGUUUGACAUGGAAGGUUUUCCUGCGGAUCUCAUAAGAAGAGGUUUAGCAGUUCCAGAUGCAACCCAACCUCACGGCAUUAGACUACUUAUUGAAGACUACCCUUAUGCAGCUGAUGGACUCCUCAUAUGGUCCAGCAUAAAGAAGUUGGUCAGGACCUAUGUCAACCAUUACUAUAAAAAUUCCAAUGCCGUUUCUUCUGACAACGAACUCCAAUCUUGGUACAGAGAAUUCAUCAAUCUCGGACACCCUGAUCAUAAAAAUGCUAGUUGGUGGCCUAAACUUGACAUCCCUGAGGAUCUCACCUCCAUGCUUACCACUGUUAUUUGGCUUGUAUCAGCACAACAUGCUGUCUUGAACUUUGGUCAAUACCCAUAUGGUGGGUACGUUCCAAUCCGUCCACCACUAAUGCGAAAACUAAUUCCCAAGGAAGAGGAUCCUGAGUACUCAGAUUUUGUCAUGGAUCCACAGAGAUACUUCUUAUCAUCACUGCCAAGUUUAUUCCAGGCAUCAAGGUUCAUGGCUGUGAUCAACAUUGGUUCUGCACACUCGCCUGACGAGGAAUAUAUAGGACAAACAAAGGAUUUGUCCUCUUGGUCGGGAGAGCCUGAGAUCAUUGAUGCAUUCAAUCAAUUUUCAAUGGAGAUGAAAAGUAUUGAGAUGGAGAUCAAGAGAAGAAAUGCCGAUCCAAAACUUAGAAACAGAUGUGGCGUUAACGUUUUACCAUAUGAACUGCUUAUACCAAGUUCUGAACGUGGGGCAACAGGACGAGGAGUGCCAAAUAGUGUUACAGCCUAGUCCAAUAUGUGUACAAACCAGCAACUGAAUCAAUGUUCUAUUAUUCUUCACCUUAGCUGGACUAAAAUGGAUUUAAUAUUUGAUCUCCUAAAAACAAAAAAGAAAAUAAAAUGCAAAAGGGAAUAAUGCAGGUUUGAAAUCAUCUGUAAGUAUCGUGUACUGAGUAGCAUUAAGAAUCCUUCUUGGUCAAAAAGAAUGUUGUGUAUGUUUUAUUACAGUUUACUCUAGUCUGGUGCAUGUUUUAACUUGUACACGUUUAUGCACUGAUCCAGAGUAUAAUGUAAAAAAAAAAAAGUUCAAAAUGUGUGAACUAAAAACUAUGCCUCCUAUAAA